AUGGCGUCCUCCCGUCCUCCGCAGGCCGCCGUAGGAGAUCCGCUGCUUCCCGGAGGCCCAGGCCCCUCCCCCGAGGCGGAAGACGACGCUGGCGAGGCCUUCGAAUUUGACGACAGCGACGAUGACGGGGACACCAAUGCCGGCCCAGGCGUCCCAGGCGCCGCGCAGGAGACGGAGGCAGACACACCCCUGAUCCACUUGGACUCCACCCCCGUCGCCGAGCCCGAACCAGAGCCCGCACGGCCCCAGACACAGAGGCCGGCCGCCGUGAGCAAUGGGGACGCUGUGGACGCAGCUUUCUCCGAGGUCCAGCGCUCCAGCUGGAGGCGGAAGAGUUCCCGUCGCAUCGAGCGGUUUACUUUCCCCGCCCUGGAAGAAGAUGUGAUUUACGACGACGUCCCCUGCGAGAACCUGGACGCCCAGCAGCCCGAGGCGGAGAGGAGCCAGCCCUACGAGGAUGCGCGCCAGGACAGGGCGCCCCGGGAGCCGGAGGACCUAGGCUGGAGCUCCAGCGAGUUCGAGAGCUACAGCGAGGACUCGGGCGAGGAGGCCAAGCCAGAGGCAGAGCCCGCCAAGCAUCGAGUGUCCUUCCAGCCCAAGCUUUCUCCAGACCUGACUAGGCUAAAGGAGAGAUGCGUCAGGACUAAGAGAGACAUCCUGGCUCUAAGAGUUGGGGGGAGAGACAUGCAGGAGCUGAAGCACAAGUGCGAUUGUAAGAUGACGCAGCUCAUGAAGGCAGCCAGGAGCGGGACGAAGGACGGGCUGGAGAAGACGAGGCUGGCCGUCAUGCGCAAAGUGUCCUUUCUGCACAGGAGGGAUGUCCUGGGUGACUCGGAGGAGGAGGACAUGGGGCUUCUGGAGGUCAGCGUUUCGGACAUCAAACCCGCAGCCCCGGAGCUGGGCCCCAUGCCAGAUGGCCUGACCCCGCAGCAGGUGGUCCGGAGGCACAUCCUCGGCUCCAUUGUCCAGAGCGAGGGCAGCUACGUGGACUCUCUGAAGCGGGUCCUCCAGGAUUACCGCAACCCCCUAAUGGAGAUGGAGCCCAAGGCGCUGAGCGUGCGCAAGUGCCGGGCGGUGUUCUUCCGCGUGAAGGAGAUCCUGCACUGCCACUCCAUGUUCCAGAUCGCCCUGUCCUCCCGCGUGGCCGAGUGGGACUCCACCGAGAAGAUCGGCGACCUCUUCGUGGCUUCGUUCUCCAAGUCCAUGGUGCUAGACGUGUACAGUGACUACGUGAACAACUUCACCAGCGCCAUGUCCAUCAUCAAGAAGGCGUGUCUCACCAAGCCCGCUUUCCUCGAGUUCCUCAAGAGACGCCAGGUUUGCAGCCCCGACCGCGUCACGCUCUAUGGACUGAUGGUGAAGCCCAUCCAGAGGUUCCCGCAGUUCAUCCUCCUGUUGCAGGACAUGCUGAAGAACACCCCCAGGGGCCACCCGGACAGACUGUCGCUUCAGCUGGCCCUCACGGAGCUGGAGACACUGGCCGAGAAGCUCAACGAGCAGAAGCGGCUGGCCGACCAGGUGGCCGAGAUUCAGCAGCUGACCAAGAGCAUCAGCGACCGCAGCAGCCUCAACAAGCUUCUGACCUCGGGCCAGCGGCAGCUGCUCUUGUGUGAGACGCUGACGGAGACCGUGUACGGUGACCGCGGGCAGCUGAUCAAGUCCAAGGAGCGCCGGGUCUUCCUGCUCAACGACAUGCUGGUCUGUGCCAACAUCAACUUCAAGGGCCAGCUGGAGAUCAGCAGCCUGGUGCCCCUGGGGCCCAAGUACGUGGUGAAGUGGAACACAGCGCUGCCGCAGGUGCAGGUGGUGGAGGUGGGCCAGGAGGGCGGCUCCUACGACAAGGACAACGUGCUCAUCCAGCAUGCCGGCGCCAAGAAGGCCUCGGCCGCCAGCCAGGCCCAGAAUAAGGUGUACCUCGGGCCGCCGCGCCUCUUCCAGGAGCUUCAGGACCUGCAGAAGGACCUGGCCGUGGUGGAGCAGAUCACCCUCCUCGUCAGCACGCUGCACGGCACCUACCAGAACCUCAACAUGACGGUGGCCCAGGACUGGUGCCUGGCCCUGCAGCGGCUCAUGCGGGUGAAGGAGGAGGAGAUCCAUUCAGCCAACAAGUGCCGCCUGCGGCUCCUGCUUCCUGGGAAGCCCGACAAGUCCGGCCGCCCCAUCAGCUUCAUGGUGGUCUUCAUCACCCCCAACCCUCUGAGCAAGAUCUCCUGGGUCAACAGGUUGCACUUGGCCAAGAUUGGACUUCGGGAGGAGAACCAGCCCGGCUGGCUGUGUCCGGAUGAAGACAAGCAGAGCCGAGCCCCGUUCUGGUGCCCAAUCCUGGCCUGCUGCGUCCCUGCCUUCUCCUCCAGGGGCCUCAGCCUGCAGCUCGGGGCCCUGGUCCACAGUCCCGUCAGCUGUCCUCUGCUAGGCUUCUCGGCCAUCAGCACCUCCCUCCCACAGGGCUACCUCUGGGUCGGAGGUGGGCAGGAGGGUGCGGGCGGCCAUGUGGAGAUCUUCUCCCUGAACCGGCCGUCACCCCGCACGGUCAAAUCCUUCCCGCUGGCGGCACCCGUGCUCUGCAUGGAGUACAUUCCAGAGCCAGGGGAGGGCGACGGCAGAGAUGGGAAUGAGGGCUGCCCUGCUGCUGACGCCUCGGCCGGGGUGCACCCCAUCGUCUGCCUCGGGCUCCAGGACGGCAGCGUCCUGCUUUAUAGCAGUGUGGACACGGGCACGCAGUGCCUGGCGGCCUGCCGGAGCCCCGGCCUGCAGCCUGUGCUCUGCCUGCGACACAGCCCCUUCCAUCUGCUGGCCGGCCUGGAGGAUGGCACCCUCGCCGCCUACCCUCGGACCAGCGGAAGCGUCCCCUGGGACCUGGAGAGCCCGCCCGUGUGCCUGCCUGUGGGGCCGGGGCCCGUCCGCGUCCUGCUGAGCCUGGAGGAGGCUGUGUGGGCCAGCUGUGGGCCCCGGGUCACCGUCCUGGACACCACCAGCUUGCAGACUCAGCAAAGCUUCGAGGCGCACCAGGACGAAGCCGUGAGCGUGACCCACAUGGUGAAGGCGGGCAGCGGCGUCUGGAUGGCCUUCUCCUCCGGCUCCUCCAUCCGCCUCUUCCACACCGAGACGCUAGAGCACCUGCAGGAGAUCAACAUCGCCACCAGGACCACCUUCCUGCUGCCAGGCCAGAAGCACCUGUGUGUCACCAGCCUCCUGAUCUGCCAGGGUCUGCUCUGGGUGGGCACCGACCAGGGGGUCAUCGUGCUGUUGCCGGUGCCUCGGCUGGAAGGCAUCCCUAAGAUCACAGGGAAAGGCAUGGUCUCGCUCAACGGGCACUGUGGGCCCGUGGCCUUCCUGGCUGUGGCCACCAGCAUCUUGGCCCCUGAUAUCCUGCGGAGUGACCAGGAGGAGGCCGAGGGGCAGCAGGCCGAGGAGGACAAGGUGGAUGGGCCAGCUCCUGAGCCGGCACCCGCGAGCCACGUGGGCGGGGAGCUGAUCCGCAAGAAGGGCAUCCUUCUGCAGUACCGCCUGCGCUCCACUUCCCACCUCCCGGGCCCGCUGCUGUCCGUACGGGAGCCGGAGCCGGCGAACGGCUCGGCCCCGGAGCACAGCGAGGAGGACGGCUCCAUCUAUGAGAUGGUGGAUGACCCUGACGUCUGGGUGCGCAACCGGCCCUGUGCCCGCGACGCCCACCGCAAGGAGAUCUGCUCCGUGGCCAUCAUCUCCGGGGGCCGCGGCUAUCGCAACUUCGGCAGCGCAGCGGGCAGCCCCGGGAAGCUGGCCCCGUGCGGGGAGACGGACAGCACCCUCCUCAUCUGGCAGGCGCCCUUGAUGCUGUAG